UUCCUUUCAACGUACAGCUCUAUGAUUGCUUUCCUUGUUUGACCAUUGACCUCGUCAAGAUCACUGUCAUGCAUUGUUUGAUGAUGAUGAUGAUGAGGGUCUUGUAUAGUCAGUUCAGUCUUCCAUUCAUUGCUCACACAAUGGUCGUCCAAGCGAGCUGCAAGUACACUGGCUACAAGCUGAGCUGCCUGACCAUCCACCCUCACGAGAGCUACCACUCCGAGCCAUUGAUCUUUGGCACCGGCUCUGCAGACGAGAACGUCGGCACACAGGAUGAAAGUUUGACGAGUAAUCGCAUCACGCUUUGGUCGCUGGAUACAAACAAGCUUGGCGCGUUCGACGCUCUGCAAUCGCUUUGUGUCGCCCCACAUGAGUCGGGCGAUGUCCUCGACAUUCAGUUCCUGGCAUCGUCCUCUGCAGUGCUGGCCGCAUCCAGCAGCGGCAUCGUCUCGGUCUACCAGUACAACUAUUUGGGCGAAAACAUGAUCAACCUGACUCGGCAAGCACAAUCCAGCGUUCUCUUCUCUGUGAAUGGUCGACCGGCGCCUGUCACUGGAGUGUCGCUGCAAGACGACAAUGUCGCCGCAGUCGGCGACACUGGCGAUGUGGCCGUGUUCCCGUUCACCCGUGUUCACGAAAAGCUCGUUCCAACACGCGUCUUGUCGGAUCCCGACGGAUGCGCUUUGAACGGUGUGUCGUUCUCGACGCCUUCGCAAAUCGUUACAGUCAAUCACGCCGGGCGAAUGCGGGUAUGGGACUUGCGGCAGCCUGGGAAUCAAUCUGUUCGUGCAGUGAAAAGCUCCAGUACUGGGAACAACCCCCUCCUAUCUGUCAAAACACACCCCAGCCAGCCAAACAUUCUUGCCACGAGCUCGUAUGCCGGCGUGGUGGACGUGUGGGAUGUGCGAUUCGAGGACGCGCCGCUUCGCUCUGUCGUCAUUUCCGAAUCACCAGUCUGGGAUGUCCGAUUCCACCCCACUCGCAACAGCCAAAUGGUCUGCUGCAGCGAAGACGGGUCUGCAUCACUGCUUGACUUUGAUCCCUACCAAAAGUACCCGCAGGGAGGAUUUGUACCAGAGCAGACCCGCGUCGAUGGCGACGAGAUGGUGCUCGGCUGCGACACACUGCUCGAGUCGGGCGGUAUCGGCCUCUCUGCUAUUGACACCCGCCGAGGUGUGGCCAUCGCGAUUGCUGACAAUCAUGCCGUCUAUGUUGUUGGUGGUCUUGAGUGAAAUGCUGCCUUUGAAAAAAAAACCCUGACGACCCGACCUUCACACAUCCUGUC